GUGUCAGGCUGAAACCCCACUGAGACCUCAACAGGUCUUUGCUUGGAGAAGAGGCUUGGAAAAUGGGGCUGCUACCAAGGGGGUUUCUUCUGUUGGACUUCAGAAUCAGUUAUUCAAAAGCUAAGAUUAAACUGUAAUAGGUGAUUUAAAAAAAAUCUAUGCCCAGCUCCUUCCCCCCCUUGGAGCUUAAGGAAUAUUAGGCAAGAGGCACCCACAGGGGGCUGAGAAAACCCAGUACGUUCUGGAGGAUGGAGCAGCUUUGUCAGAAAAAGCAGGUGGCCAAUGACCUGGCCAUGGGUGCAGAACCUGGGGACUACUUCACCAAUAUCACUCGAUCAGCCUGGAACCUGGGCAGUGCCUUCUUCUUUGCUGGCACCAUUGUCACCACCAUCGGCUAUGGAAACAUGGUGCUGCUCACAGACGAGGCUCGAAUUUUCUGCAUUUUCUAUGCACUGGUGGGGAUCCCUCUGUUCGGGAUGCUGUUGGCUGGUGUUGGCGACAAGCUGGGCUCUGCCCUGCGCCGGGGCAUUGGCCACGUGGAAGCCAUUUUUUUGAAGUGGCGGGUGCAGCCGGCUCUGGUGCGAUCGCUCUCGGCGCUGCUCUUCCUCGUGGUUGGCUGUCUUCUCUUCGUUUUGGCUCCCAUGUUCGUGUUCCGCUACAUGGAGGACUGGAGUACACUGGAGGCCCUCUACUUCAUCAUCGUGACGCUCACCACCGUGGGCUUCGGGGACUUCGUGGCCGGCGCGAACCCUGAGCAGGAGUUCCCGGCCUACCAGCCCAUCGUCUGGUUCUGGAUUCUGAUGGGCCUCGCUUACUUCGCCUCCAUCCUCACCAUGAUCGGGAACUGGCUCCGGGUCGUGUCGCGCCGCACUCGGGCUGAGAUGGGCGGCCUUACAGCUCAGGCAGCCAGCUGGACCGGCACGGUGACAGCGCGGAUGACGCACCGCCCUGGGUCGGAUGCACGGGGGACGGAGCCGCCGCUGCCGGACAAGCCAAGCUCCGAACCAGCCCAGGCGCCCCAUGCCAAGCUUGGACCGAGGCUGCAGAGCCCGGAAAAGGAGAAAGCACCUUCCACACCGCCCACAACCUCUGUUUCAGCGCCCUUGGAUUACCCUGGAGAGAACUUCGCUUUCAUUGACGAGUCAUCGGACACGCAGAGUGAGCGGGGUGGUGUACUCCCCCGCAGCCGCCGAGGAGGCCUCAAACACCCCAGGAAAGCUGCCCGGCCCCGGGACUCCGGUCGCUCCCAAAACAAGAGGGAGAUCGCGUAGUCAGGGGAUGGGAGCCACUGGACAGGACCGCGCUCUCCUGCGCAAGGACCCCUGGCUUCAGGCUUCUCCAGUUUCCCGCGUCCACCUUCCUGCUUUUCAUUCAGCCAAAGAGCUCCUAUUCCUCAUGGGGGCAUCCUGGGAACCGGGGCUUCUGCUUCGUCUCUUCCUCCUUCCCAUGAAGCUCCCUGCCUGUUUCCUCACCCUAGGCUCCCACCUGUGCUUCUUGGCCUGACUGAAUAAAGGAGAGGCCU